AUGGCUACUAGAAAGAAAAGAUCGCGCCAAAGCGACAAGUCUAAGACCUUGUUUAGAGAAGAAGAGUCAGGUAGCAGUCAUGAUCCGUUCUCGGACGUUGAAGGUGAAUUUGACUCCGACAAAAAUUUUGAACCUCCCAAUGAAAAUUCUAGUGCCAGUGAAGAUAGCAUUUUCGAUACGCGUGUCCAGCACCGACGGAAUAUACCCCGAUUUUUGCCAGGAAGUAAGGAAUCUAGUCAAGAAUCUGCUGAAACCUCGGAGAGUGAUGAUAGGACAGAAAAUAAGUCGGAUGAAUCUCAGGAAGAAGGUGAUGAUGCUGUCGAGGACCCUGUAAGCAGUGACCAAGAAAAAAGUUCAAUUCACGAUUUUAGGGCUAGAGCGGCUGAGUGGAUUCCUGAAGAAGAAGUUACACUAAAUCAAGAAGAAAAUGAGGUGUUGAAGUACUGCGAACACCUGCACGGAAAAUGGUACUUCAGCGAGAUCCGAGCUAUAUUCUCAAGGCGGUACCUGCUGCAGAACGUGGCCAUCGAGAUGUUCCUGGCUAGCAGAACGUCAAUAUUCUUCGCGUUCCCAGACCAGGCUACUGUGAAGAAAGUAAUCAAAGCUCUGCCGAGAGUGGGCGUCGGCAUCAAGUACGGCAUACCCCAGACCAGAAAUGAUGUGAUGAAUCAGCAUGUUCUUUAUAUUAUUAAUGUUUCUACAAUCGUUAAUGAAGUGCAAAUGGAAAUCAAACCAUAGAAAGAUCAGAAACACCCAGAUUCGAGGCGAUAUAGAAAAGGGCUUUUCCAUAUUAACCCGCACAUGAUACGUUUAACCGGCUUCAAAAAAUCCAUUAAAUAGGUGUAUCCCAAAAUUUAA